AUGAAACAUGAAGAUACAAACUUGUCACCAUGGUUACAAAGUCUUGCAAAUUUUUGUGGUGCUGUAUUCAGAAAAUAUAAUAUAGAGUUAUCGGGUUUGUUGCAGUAUGUUGCCAAUCAACUGAAAGCUGGUAAAAGUUUUGAUUUGUUAAUUUUAAAAGAAGUUGUACAGAAGAUGUCUGGUAUUGAAUCUACAGAGGAAAUCACAGUAGAUCAGUUGGAUGCAUUGGCUGGUGGUGAACUUUUACGAGCUGAGGGUGGGUAUUUCUCACAAGUCCGUAACACCAAGAAAUCCUCCCAGCGAUUGAAAGAUGCACUGUUAGAAAAUGACUUAGCAAUACCAAUAUGCCUUCUUAUGGCACAGCAGAGGAACUGUAUUGUUUUCAAAGAAGGUCAAGAGAAACAUUUAAAGCUUGUUGGCAAACUAUUUGACCAGUGUCAAGAUACCUUAGUGCAAUUUGGUGGUUUUCUUGCCACUCAGCUUGGUACAGAAGACUACACUAAAAAACUGCCACCACUUGGUGAAAUGGUGGAGAAAUAUCAUAUCACGGCAGAUGCCGCUUUCUACAUGUACAGACCAAUGUUUGCACACGCAAUUACGGCCAAGGUUGAUGAACUGAGAAAAGCUGAAAAGGGCAGUAAGCAAUCCUCAUCAAGUGGUCAGAAAUCUCAGCGCUAUGUACAAGCUGUUGAAAUUGUCAUGACACCAGUGAUUGAAUCUGUUAGAUCUUUACAUGUUACUAAAGUGUGGGACGAUAUCAGUCCACAGUUCUAUGUUACAUUCUGGUCACUGACGAUGUAUGAUUUGUAUGUGCCAAGCGGUAGUUAUGAAAAGGAGAUCAAUAAAAUAAAGUCACAGCUAUCAACACUAGAAGACAAUAGAGAUGUGGCACCCAGCAAGAAGAGAAAAGAGAAAGAGAAAUACAAUCUAUUGAUAGAUAAACUGAAAGAUGAAGAGAAAAAACAACAGGAGCAUUGUCAACGAGUGGUUGCAAGACUGAAAAAUGAAAAAGACAACUGGUUUCAAUCACGUAAGUAUACAACAUGUUCCACAAAGAAUGAGACUAUAACGCAGUUCUUACAGUUGUGUAUAUUUCCUCGAUGCUGUUUCACUGCCAGUGAUUCUGUGUACUGUGCUAAGUUUGUCCACACUGUUCAUGGUCUGAAAACGCCAAACUUCUCAACUCUAUUGUGCUAUGAUAGGAUGUUUUCCGAUAUAUCAUACAUUGUUGCCAGCUGUACUGAAAAUGAAGCCAGUCGUUAUGGUAGAUUUCUAUGUGCUAUGUUGGAAACUCUGAUGAGAUGGCAUAGUGAUAGACACAUAUAUGAGAAGGAAUGUGGUAACUAUCCUGGUUUUGUGACGAUUCUUCGUGCCUCGAAUACCGAUGCCAGUAGCAAAGCUGAUCAGUUGGACUAUGAAAACUUUCGACAUGUCUGUCACAAAUGGCAGUACAAGAUAACUAAGGCUGUUGUGAUAUGUCUAGAGUCUCAUGAAUAUGUACAGAUAAGAAAUACACUCAUAGUUUUAACUAAGAUUCUGCAAUACUAUCCAAUGGUACAGAAUCUAGGGCAGGCAUUGGAGCGGAGAGUUGAUAAAAUAAGACAGGAAGAGAAAGAUAAAAGAAAGGACAUCUUUGCUCUUGCUAUGGGAUAUUCUGGACAAUUGAAAAGUAGGAAAGGUAGCAUGAUACCAGAACACCAGUUUCAUCAGAAAGAAAAGGAAAACCAACCAAAGUCCACUACUCAGUCAAGUUCACAGCAGAAUGGUCCGGUAACUAAACCAGAUGCAGUGAGUCAGUCAUCAGGUACUGCUGCUGCUGUUUCAUCUCAUAGUACGGGUUCCAGUCUCAAUCCUGAAGCACGAUCCUUCACAUCCAAAACAGAUAAAACCAAGGAUGGAGCUGUGAAGUCAUCAUCAAGUGUCAGUACAUCUAGUAAAUCACAACCUAGUAAAGGCAAUAGUGCAGGAUCUGGAAAAACAUCUUACUCUAGUAGUGAGAGGAAAUCAACAGGCUCUACCAAGUUAAACACAAGCAUAAAAGAGGAUAGAACUGACAGUGAUAAAUCUCAGGGAAAGGAUGAGAAAGAAAAAGAUAGAAAGGAGAAAGAGCCAAAGCCAUCAAAAGAUGAUAAUCUACGGUAUAAAGAGGAGAAAAAUUCAAAAGAUGAUCGAGAUGAUGAUCGCAAAGAACAAGAAGAUGGUAGUAAAAAUCACAGCCGUCACAGAGAAAAAGAUCGGGAUGCGCGAGAUGGAAGUGCUACGUCUACGUCCAGUCACAGUUCCAGCAAAUCUUCAAGAAAACCUGAAUAUUCCCCAAGAAAAGAAGAGUCUGAGAGGGAUACUAAACGCCGUAAAGUGGAUGGGCAAAUGUCAUCACCUUUGUCUGCUGGAAAGGACAGACAAGAGAUUGUUAUCAGUCGUGACAAUAGUAAGAGUAACCAUAGUGACCAUAGCCAUGAUAGUCGGAGUAGAGAAAGAGAAAGGGGACGAAGUAAUGACAGGGAAAGAGACAGGGAUCGGGAAAAAGAGCGCAAAUCUGAAAAGAAGAGAGAAUACCAUGCUGAUGGAGAGAAAGAAACCCAUGAAGUUAAACGACGAAAGGAUGAUGAUAGAGCUUCUAGUAAAUCACGUCACAGUACUGAUGGGAAGGAGAAAGAGUCUGAAAAGAAUCGUGAACGGGAACGAGAAAAAGAGCACCACAGAGAUAAAGAGAGGGACAGAGGAAAAGACAGGGAAAGAGGAAAGUCUAAAGACAGGGAUCGGGAGAAAGACAAGGACAAAACCAAAGUGAAGAUUAUCAAGACAUCAAAAUCUAGUGGUAGUAAGAAGGAAUCCAAGGACAAGGAUGGCAGAGAUGAGAAAGAGUACAAGAAUAAAACAAAAGACCGAGAUUCUUCUCGUGAUAGAGAGGGUAAAACCCGUGAAGAUAAACACUCCAGCAGUUCACGGAAGAAAAGUCGAUGAAUGUAGUGUGAAAUGAUGUGUCCUGGUUUAACCAACAAUUGUAAAGUACAACAACCUUGAAGCUACCUGGAAAGCAACCCAACCCAGCGUGGAUCUCAGUUCACAGCAACCAAACCCAGCAACCAAACCCAGCAUGGAUCUCAAUUCACAGCAAACAAACCUUGGAUGGAGUGGCAAAUGAUCCAAUACUGUUAAUUUUUCUUGUUCUGCUUGCCACUUUUUACAAACUUUGUAAAGACUCAUUUCAUUGUCAACUUACAUUGUCAUCAACAUGCUUGGAACAUUCCUAUUAUAAUACAAUGAACCAUAUUUGCUCUCUUAGUAGAACACAUAAACCAAAAAUGUCGUUUAUUGCAUACUGGUUCAUUAAAAUAAGCACAAUCACUACUAAUAUGGCAAAUACAGUAGUUGUUCCAUAAGCCCUAAGAUAGUUCCAGUAAUUCACAGGGAAAUAUGGUUUUCUUAUUUAUUUAAUUAUUCAUUUUUUAUCACAAUGUCUGUGACACAGAGCAAUGUCUCUCACAAAUUACAGAAUUGCUUGCAAAUAGUAGCAUCCCAUAUUUGUAUAUGAAAAGUAUUAUCAGCCAGGCUUAUAUGGUGUAUUUUGUGCUACUUCAUCUACUUUGUUUCUUAUAUUUACAAGUUUGUACUUUGCUGACAAUUUCUAUGUUUUGUUCAUUACUAAGAAAAUAGCAGUAGACUGUGAAUAUUAUUUCAUCACUGAUUUGCAAAAAAUAUUGUGAACAGGGCUUUAAAUUAUUCACUGUUAUUUUUGUUUAGUUGCUUUCUAAUGUUUUAUAAGUUUGGAUCAGGGUCUUUGUACCAUUUUAACUGAACUUUUUGCCAUUGGUGACUCAGACUUGUAGAAGUCCAACUAUUUCAUCAUAUUGUUGUUCACUUCGCAUAUUGUGCGGAAUGAAUUAACCCAUUGAAUAUCCAUAAAAUUUUGGACACAUAGCUUAAGAAGUGUAAUAAUGUACAUUUUUUGUCCAAAAUUAACAGUUGAAAAUGAUUGCACAAAUUUUCAUAUUUUUGUACUAAUUUUUGUUUUGGGCGGGAAAAUGAAAAGUAAAAACAGCUUUAUUGCGAGGACUCUCUGUAAGGCAACUGUUCUUUUUUAAUCUUUAUGUACAGCAUUUUGGUGAGCUUUUAGGAACUUUUUUUAUGUUACAUUGAUAAACCAUAUA